CGGCAGGCGCCGCCUGGCAGCAUUGUGAGCAAGCGAAACGCGUUCGAUCAAUCGUGCCAUUUGAAGCUGUGGCACAUGGUUGUUGCCUGAGCCCUUCAGCCCCCCCAGCAGCACCGGUAGCAUGGGAAAGGGCAGCAGCUCGGAGCCAGAGGGCUCCGCGCUGCACACGGUCGGCUCCAGAGUCUGGCUAUGGCGACAGGACGGGGGCAGCGGAGACUGGCUACGCGGCGAGGUGGUGGCAAUGGCUGGGCCCCGCCUUAGGGUGCGGCUGGAGGAUGGGGACGAGCGAGAGUGCGCGGCCAGCGACAUCCCGCUCCAGAACAGCUCCGCGGCGGGCGUGGAGGACAUGACCACCAUGUCGUACCUGAACGAGCCCAGCGUGCUGUGGAACCUCAAGGUGCGGUACCAGACGGACGACAUCUACACCUACACCGGCUCCAUCCUCAUCGCGGUCAACCCCUUUGCACCCAUGCCGCACAUCUACGGCCUGCACAUGAUGGAGCAGUACCGCGGACUGAAUCUGGGGGAGCUCAGCCCCCACGUGUAUGCCAUCGCCGAUGAAUCAUACCGCCAGAUGCGCAAGGAGGGCAAGAGCCAGUCCAUCCUGGUCAGCGGCGAGUCGGGGGCGGGCAAGACAGAGACCAGCAAGCUGCUGAUGCAGUACCUGGCUUGGAUGGGCGGGUACAAGGACGGCAGCGCGGGGCGGGGGGCGGGCGGGCGCAGCGUGGAGCAGCAGGUGCUGGAGAGCAACCCGCUGCUGGAGGCGUUUGGCAACGCCAAGACGGUGCGCAAUGACAAUUCCUCGCGCUUUGGAAAGUUCACAGAGAUCCAGUUCAAUGCUGCGGGUAGGAUCUCAGGCGCCGCCAUCCGCACCUACCUUCUGGAGCGGUCUCGUGUGGUCAACAUCAACGACCCCGAGCGCAAUUACCAUGUGUUCUACCAAUUAUGUGACGGCGCCAGCGAGGCGGAGUGUGCUACGCUGCGCCUCAAGCCCGCCAAGCAGUUUCGCUACUUGAGCCAGAGCGGCUGCUUCGACCUGAAGGGGGUCAGCAAUGCGGAGGAGUACCGGCGCACGCGGCGCUCCAUGAGCGUGGUGGGCAUCCCGGAGGCAGAGCAGGAUGCCGUCUUCCGCACCGUUGCCGCCGUGCUGCACCUGGGCAACGUGGCAUUUGUGGAGGCGGCUGCCGACGGUGCCGACGCGUCAGCGGUGGACCCCGCGACCGAGGAGCACCUGGCGGCAGCUGCCCACCUCCUUGGCGUGGAUGCCGAGGGGCUGCGCAAGGCGCUGACCACACGCACGCGGCAGACGCCCGAUGGCGCCAUUGUGAGCCCCAUCGACGUUAAGGCGGCGGAGGACAACCGCGACUCGCUGUCCAAGACCACCUACUCGCGCAUGUUUGACUGGCUGGUGGAGAAGAUCAACACAUCCAUCGGCCAGGACACCAACGCCACCAGCCUCAUCGGCGUGCUGGACAUCUACGGCUUCGAGCAGUUCCAGGAAAACGAUUUUGAGCAGUUCUGCAUCAACCUGGCGAACGAGAAGCUUCAGCAGCAUUUCAAUCAGCACGUUUUCAAGAUGGAGCAGGCGGAGUAUGAGCGUGAGGCGAUCGAGUGGAGCUACAUCGAGUUCGUGGACAACCAGGAUGUGCUGGACCUGAUUGAGGCGCGCAUGGGCAUUCUGGACCUGCUGGACGAGUCCUGCCGCUUCCCAAAGGCCACCCACGAGGACUAUGCCAAUAAGCUGUAUGGCGCGCCCAGCGUGGCCGACAGCAAGCGCUUCUCGAAGCCCAAGCUGUCGCGCACCGACUUCACCAUUGACCACUACGCAGGCGCGGUCACCUACAAGACUGACAACUUCUUGACCAAGAACCGUGACUUUGUGGUGGCGGAGCACCAGGCGCUGCUGGGCGCCAGCCAGCACCCCUUUGUGUGUGCGCUGUUCCCCGCUGACCCCGACGAGGGCAAGGCGGCGGCAGGCGGGCGUGGUGGCACUCAGUCCAGCUACAAGUUUGCUAGCGUGGGCAGCCGAUUCAAGCGCCAGCUGGGCGACCUGAUGGAGGCGCUGCACCGCAUGGAGCCGCACUACAUCCGCUGCAUCAAGCCCAACUCCUUCAACCGUCCCAUGGCCUUUGAGAACAUGAAUGUGCUGCACCAGCUGCGGUGCGGCGGCGUGCUGGAGGCUGUGCGCAUCUCGUGUGCGGGCUACCCCACCAAGAUGCCCUUCCUGGACUUCAUCGACCACUUUUGGAUGCUGGGCCUGGACUCGCCGCAGCAGCUGGACGAUGCCGGCUUUGUGCGCCUCAUCCUGCGCCGUGUGCUGUGCGAGGAGGGCUGGCAGCUGGGCAAGUCCAAGGUGUUCCUGCGUGCGGGCAAGAUGGCUGAGCUGGACAAGCGCAAGACCGAGGUCCAGCACGCGGCUGCCAGCGCCAUCCAGCGCAAUGUGCGCGGCUACCUGGCGCGCAAGCACUAUGCCGCCUCCCGCGCCGCGGUCAUCACGAUGCAGGCAGCAGCACGUGGCAUGGCGGCGCGCUCGCUGGCGCGUAGCCUGCGCCGCCAGAAGGCCGCCACCCUCAUCCAGGCCUUUGUGCGGCGCUGGCAGGCACGGCAGCGCUUUGUGGCGGCAGUGCGCGCGGCCGUGGUGGUGCAGGCUGCCUACCGCGGCUGGCGGGCGCGGCUGCACACACGCGACGUCAAGCAGCACCGCGCAGCUCUGGUCAUCCAGAGCCAGUGGCGGCGGCACCGUGCACAGUCGUCGUACCUGCGGUACCGCAGCGGCGUGGUGGUGGCGCAGAGCCUGUGGCGUUCCAAGUGCGCGCGGCGGGAGCUGCGGCGGCGGCGCACCGAGGCACGCGAGGCGGGCAAGCUCAUGCAGGACAAGCAGGCCCUGGAGGUCAAGCUGCGGGAGGUUCAAAACGUGCUGGAGGCCGUGCAGAACCAGCGCAACGAUUUGCGGCAGCAGUACAGGGAGGAGAAGUCGCAGCGCGAGGUGGCCGAAGCACGGGCAACGGAGCUGCAGCGUGCCAUGGAGACACAGGUGGCACAGGCCGCAGCAGUUGGUGCGGCGGCGGCAGCGGCCGAGGUGGCGAAGCGGCAGGCGGUGGAGGCGGAGCUGGCGGCUGCGCGGCAGCAGGUGGCGGCCAGCGCGGAGAGCGCGGCGGAGGCCCAUCGGCAGCUUGCAGCAGAGGCGGUGGAGCUCCAGGGCAAGCUCACAUCGCUGGAGCGGCAGAAGGCGGAGGCCGAGAUCAAGGCACAGGCGGAGCGGCAGGACCUCCUCAACCGCCUCAACAACGCUGUGGCUCAGCGGAACGCGGCACGCGAGGAGGCACUGAUGCUGGAGGCGAAGUUGAAGCAGAUGCAGGACGAUGUGGAGGCAGGGCGGUUGCUGCCCGCGGCGGGCGCGGCGGCGGUCAGCGCGGCGGCGGCAGCGGGCAUGGUCACGCCGCCGCCUGGUGGCACGCCAGGCACCGACGAGGGCAUGAUGGACCGCAUGCGGCGCUUCAUGCAGCAGAUCCCCGGCAGCUCGCCUGUGCGGGAGGGCGCCACGCCUCAGGCCACCUCCAUGGGUGGGUUCCUGCCCUGCUGUACCUUACCAACCGCUCUCUUCUUGCUCCCUGCCUGCCUUUCGGCUGCCAUACGCACCCUUAACCCUCACCUCCACACACCUGCAGGCCGCGUGGAGGGCCCUCCCUCCACCGAGCCACUGUCGGAGAUGGACCGGCGGCAGCGCGAGCUGUACGCCAAGCAGCAGCAGCUGCUGCGUGAGCAGCGCACCGCGGACCAGGAGAAGCUGCUGGCGGCCAUCGGCGAGAACCUGGGCUUCCAGGGCGGGCGCCCUGUGGCGGCGGUGGUCGUCUUCCGCUGCUGCCUGCAGUGGAAGACCUUCCAAGCAGACCGCACGCCGCUGUUCGACCGCAUCAUCGCCACCAUGGGCUCCCAGGUGGAGGUGCACCAGGAGAACAAUGCGUACCUGUCGUACUGGCUGUCCAACACAGUCACGUUGCUCUACCUGAUGCAAAAGAAUGUCAAGCCCGCCAGCGGCGGUGGCUACGCAGCGCGCAUCAAGGCCUCCAGCCAGCAGGUCACGCGCGGCCUGUUUGCCAGCAGCAAGGGCAGCUUCACCUCUUUCUUCACGCGCACUGGGUACGGCGGCGGUUCGCCUGCGGGUGGCGAGGCAUCCAUCCACGGCGGCGCCAUGGGCGGCUUCCGCCAGGUGGAGGCCAAGUACCCUGCGCUGCUGUUCAAGCAGCAGCUGGACGCUUUUGUGCAGAAGAUCUUCCCCAUGCUGCGCGACAACGUGAAGAAGGAGAUCACGCCGCAGCUGGCUGCCUGCAUCCAUGCGCCGCGCCAGGCCGGCGCCCGCGGAGCGCGGCGCACCACCAGCGGCGCCGCCAGUGCAGCGGCGGUGGCGGCAGCAGGCGGCGAGGUGCAGCCGGGCACACCCAGCACGCCCGGCGGCACACGUGGCGCUGCUGCUGGCGGUGACGGCGGGCUGUCUCCACACUGGAGCAACAUCCUGCGGGUGUUUGACACGCUGCUGGCCACGCUGCGGGAGAACCACGUGCCGCCCUUCCUGGUGCAGAAGCUGUUUGAGCAGCUGCUGUCGUUUGUCAACGUGCAGCUGUUCAACCAGCUGCUGCUGCGCCGUGAGUGCUGCUCCUUCUCCAACGGCGAGUACGUCAAGGCGGGGCUCAGCGAGGUGGAGCAGUGGAUCAGCAGCGCGGGAGAGGAGUGGGUGGGCGACUCCUGGAACGCUCUGGCCCAUAUCCGCCAGGCGGUCACCUUCCUUGUCAUCCACCAGAAGCACCGCAAGAGCUUCCGUGAGAUCACCGAGGACCUGUGCAGCAGCCUGUCAGUGCAGCAGCUAUACCGCAUCUCCACCAUGUACUGGGACGACAGAUACAACACGGAGACUGUGAGCCCCGAGGUCCUGCAGCAGAUGAAGUCGGCCAUGCAGGAGAGCAGCAACAGCGCAGCCUCUCACUCCUUCCUGCUGGACGACGACUCCGCCAUCCCCUUCACACACGCAGACGUGGAGCGCAUGGUGGACGACAAGGACCUACUGGGGGAGACGCCGGUGCCCAAGCAGCUCAAGGACCAGCCCUCCUUCUCCUUCCUUCACAAAAAGCUGGAAAUGGCACUGCAGGCAGCCGCUUAACAUUGACUGCCUGACGCCAUCCUUGCUGAGGGGCCUGGGGGCGCACUCACCGCUGUUGGUCCACUUAUUGCUCGAUGUUACCGCACUUGUUGCUCCCUUCUCCUUGACGCCAUUCCGGUUCGCUCCCAUGAGUGCCUUGAGCAUUCUGCUGCUGUAACCCCGUGUGCUA